UUCGGUGGCAAAACAAACCGGUCCGGCCAGCUCUCUUUUACCGCUGAAACCGGAUCCAUUAACAGCAAAGCCAACUCAACCGGAUCCCACUCUCAAUGCCCUAACCGGUCCGUCCGGUCACAUCUUCACGGUUCUCUUCUCUUCUUUUGGACUCGGUUCGUUUUCUCUUCCUAUUCCGUCUCUCCCCCAUCGAUUAAAAAAACAAAAAAAGCGAUUCAUCAAACCGGUGGUAGUGGUUGGUGUGAUUAUAGGGAAAAAAUGGGCUCAAAUCUGGAACCAGUGCCAAUUACAUCCCAAAAGCAUGACCCGGCAUGGAAACAUGUUCAGAUGUUUAAGAAUGGGGAUAAGGUGCAGCUAAAGUGCAUAUAUUGUCUGAAGAUGUUUAAGGGUGGCGGGAUUCAUAGGAUUAAGGAACACCUUGCUUGUCAGAAAGGGAAUGCAUCCACUUGUAGCCGUGUCCCCUCUGAUGUGAGGCUUCACAUGCAGCAGAGUUUGGAUGGGGUUGUGGUCAAAAAGAGGAGGAAGCAGAAAAUUGAGGAGGAGAUUAUGAGUGUUAACCCUUUGACCACUGUUGUCAACUCAGUUCCCAAUCAGGUGGAUAUGAAUGAGGGGAUCCAGGCUAUUGGAAUUGAGCACAGUUCUAGUCUGGCACUGAAUCCUGGUGAAGGAAUGAGUAGAGGUAUAGAAAGGAGGAAGAAAAUGAGAGCCAGCAAGAAUCCUGCAGCAGUUUAUGCAAACUCUGAGGGUGUUGUUGCUUUGGAGAAGAGUGCAUUGUUUCCCAAAAAGAUGGACAACCACAUUCAUAUGGCAAUAGGCCGGUUUUUGUAUGAUAUUGGUGCACCUUUUGAUGCCGUGAACUCAGUCUAUUUUCAUGAAAUGGUUGAUGCAAUUGCUUCAAGGGGGGUGGGUUUUGAACGGCCCUCGCAUCAUGAACUUCGGGGUUGGAUCCUGAAGAAUUCUGUGGAGGAAGUGAAGAAUGAUAUAGAUAGAUGCAAGAUGACUUGGGGAAGGACUGGCUGUUCCAUUUUGGUUGACCAAUGGACAACAGAAACCGGUAGAAUACUGAUAAGCUUUUUGGCAUAUUGUCCUGAAGGCAUAGUCUUUUUGAAGUCCUUUGAUGCUACUGAGAAUUCAGCUUCUGCAGAUUUUCUAUAUGACUUGAUAAAACAAGUAGUAGAAGAAGUUGGAGUUGGGCAAGUGCUGCAAGUGAUCACGUCUGGUGAAGAACAAUAUGCUAUUGCCGGUAGACGGCUGAGUGAUACUUUUCCUACCCUCUAUUGGAGCCCUUCUGUAGCUUAUUGCAUUGAUUCAAUACUCGAAGAUUUCGGAAAUCUUGAGUGGAUUAGUGCAGUGAUCGAACAAGCUAAAUCUAUAACAAGAUUUGUGUACAAUUACGGUGCAAUUUUGAAUAUGGUUAAAAGGUAUACCUUAGGGAAUGAUAUUGUGGAUCCUUCUUUCUCACGCUUUGCUACAAACUUUACCUCAUUGAAGCGGAUGGUUGAUCUUAAACACAAUUUACAGGCGUUGGUCACUUCUCAGGAGUGGGCGGAUAGCCCAUACUCAAAGAAAACAGCAGGUCUUGAAAUGUUGGAUUGCCUAAGCAAUCAAACAUUUUGGUCCUCGUGUGACAUGAUUGUUCGUCUAACGGUUCCUCUCUUAAAGAUUCUGAGAAUAGCUGGUAGUGAGAUGAGACCUGCAAUGGGAUACGUUUAUGCUGGAAUGUACCGGGCAAAAGAAGCAAUUAAAAAAGCUCUUGGUAAGAGGGAGGAAUAUAUGGUGUACUGGAAUAUUAUACAUCAUAGAUGGGAAAGGCUGUGGCAUCAUCCUCUUCAUUCUGCUGGAUUCUACCUUAAUCCAAAGUUCUUCUAUAGUAUUCAAGGAGAUAUACAUGGUCAGAUUGUCUCAGGGAUGUUUGACUGCAUAGAGAGAUUGAUACCUGAUACAAGAGUCCAAGAUAAAAUUAUCAAAGAGAUAAAUUUAUACAAGUCUGCUGCAGGAGACUUUGGGAGAAAGAUGGCAGUCAGAGCUAGAGAUAAUUUGCUUCCUUCUGAAUGGUGGUCAACAUAUGGAGGAGGUUGCCCUAAUUUAUCGCGGUUAGCAAUUCGUAUUCUCAGCCAAACAUCUAGUAUGAUGUCCUGCAAGAGAAACCAGAUUCCUUUUGAGCAAACAGUCAACACAAGGAAUUAUAUAGAGCGCCAACAUCUUACUGAUCUUGUUUUUGUUCACUGCAACUUGCGAUUAAGACAAAUGUUUAUGAGUAAAGAACCAGAUUCUAGUGAUCCCCUAUCAUUUGACAGCAUUAGCAGCGUUGAUGAAUGGAUCAGACCAAGGGAUUUAUAUUUAGACGAGUACGGGAACUCAGAUUGGAUGGCACUGGAUCCAUCUUCUGUUAACACAAUGCUUUUAAGGCCUUUAAAUGAUGAAACUGAAGAACUGGGUGAAGGGUUUGAUGAUGAUGAGAUUUUCAGUGAUGGGAAAGAUAGUGAGGAUGAAAACACUGGAGACAAGUUGGUGAACCUUAGCGAAUGAUCAGUAGAAUCAUGCUUUUGUUCGUGGAAUCUGUGCUGAUAGCUUUCUACAUUAUUGCCUAAUGCAGGAAAAAGUGUAAUAUCCACAUGUUUCAAUUGUUUCCCAAGUGCUUGUUGGCAGAAGUUGAUCUUGGAAAUAAAUGGAGGGAAACUGAUGAGGUGGAAAAGAGGGGGCAUUCUAUUUAUUGUUAGAUAUAUGAACCGGCAUUAUUGCAAUGCUCUUGUACAGUUACGUGUUCUAUAGUUAAUAGUCAUGCUGCAUAUCUUGCACUACUAGUAGUGUGUACAGCUCUUGCAAACUGAAAAUAAAUGAAAAGGAAGGAAGGGAAGGGGCUAAUCGAACCUUCAACUUUUCAUUUUUGCCCGGGAUUUGUCUAAUGAAUUACUGUAAUAGAUGAUCCCAAAUCUACAAGCUCAUGUGUCCUGAUUUUCCGCUUCUUUAGGAGUGGGAUUAACGUGGACGUUAUUAAAGAGUUUAUGUAGUGCGUGUUUUGUAA